UAGAGGGACAAAAAGGAUAUUUAACCUUAAAAUAAUUAAGCACGGCUUGUCUCGCCUGAUUUUGUCUUUGGAAAGUGCAGCUGAAGCUUAUUCAACUCCCCAAGAAACACAAAAAUGGCGAUUUCUCUCAAGUAACUCAGACCCAACAUCAUUCUGCAUCUGGUUAUCCUCAAUUUCCCUUCUUUUUUGGUUUCUUUUCUGAUUUUUUUCCCUUUUCGAUACAUGGGAAAGGGGCUGGCAAACAGCUGUUUCUCUUUCUUCUCCAUUUCUUGGUCAUGAGCUAUGUAUGAUUUCUCAUUCUGUCAAUAAUUUUUAAACCACUCCUGUUUAUGUCCUGCUGUUUCUCAUCUAAUAUUACCUGAAGACACUGUGUGUGUGACCCACUGUGAUCUCAAAUUCCUGAGGAUCUUACAUAAAUAGGCAAAGAAUUAAGAUUUCUAGAUUGACAUUUUUGGACUUUUGGUUGGUUUUGAGAACUUUUGCAAGAUUACUAUUGCCAUGUCUCUAUUAUCAAGAUUACGUUGCAUCACCGUGGAUGUUACUGGUACUCUCAUAGCUUAUAAAGGGGAGCUUGGUGACUACUAUUGCAUGGCAGCCAAGGCGGUUGGACUGCCAUGCCCUGAUUACAAACGCAUGCAUGGGGGCUUUAAACUUGCAUAUACAGAGAUGGCAAAGAAUUAUCCAUGUUUUGGGUAUGCAGCAAAAAUGCCCAAUAUAGUAUGGUGGAAAACUUGUGUCAGAAAUUCCUUCAUCAAGGCAGGAUAUGAUUAUGAUGAAGAGACAUUUGAGAAGAUAUUUAGACGCAUAUAUGCUUCCUUUGGUUCUUCUGCACCUUACAAUGUUUUCCCAGACUCACAGCCAUUCCUUAGAUGGGCACGUGAAAAGGGUCUUAAAGUUGGUAUUAUUAGCAAUGCAGAAUAUCGUUACCAGGAUGUAAUUCUUCCAGCUUUGGGUUUGAACCAGGGGUCGGAGUGGGACUUCGGCGUGUUCUCUGGUCUUGAAGGUGUAGAGAAACCAGACCCGAGGAUUUAUGAGAUAGCCCUGGAGAGGGUAGGAAAUAUUGCACCAGAAGAGGCUCUGCACAUUGGGGACAGCAUGCGCAAAGACUAUGUGCCAGCAAAGAAAGUGGGAAUGCAUGCCUUGCUGUUAGACAGGUUUAAAACCCCUGAUGCUGAGGAGUGGAGGAAGUCGGGCGCAGUCGUUCUUCCCGACUUAGUGGCGGCACAGGAGUUGCUUACUUCAGACAACUUCACUUGCUAAAGGGCUUCAUUGCUGCCCAGAAAAUUUCAGUUCCUGUAUACUUAAGAAAUCCUUGCUAGAUGAAUAUUUGAUUAAUACUUCAUACUAGCAGUCACCUUUUCCUUGAGAAAAAGGUGCAGAUAAAGAUAUGAACUUUGUUAUAUUUUUUUAUAUGAGGAUGUGAACUUUGUUGAUUUUUAAAUAAAGUAAUAAAUUCUUAAUUUUUUU